UCGAAGUUUUUCGUUUAAAUUCGAUUAGUAAGCCACGCCCAUUCACUAUCUUAGCAGGUAGACAAGUCAGUAGUCGGUUUAUUAUAGCAAAAAAAUUACUUAUAAUGGUAUAUUUAUCGUUGAUUGAAACAAUACGUGAGUGACAUUAAUUACAAAGCAAGUCUGUCAGUUAAUCAGUUUGUGAAUUAUUGGAAAUACGGAACAGUCUAAAUCCUGAACUGAAAUAUUUCAAUCUGUGGAACUAUACAAGCAAACGAGAUUCCUUGUAUUAGGUUAAGAUGUCACACCACAGCGAUGACAAUAUGCUCAUAGCUACAUCAGAUUCUUUUUGGGAGCCAGGUAAUUACAAGCGUACGACCAAGAGAAUUGAAGAUGGACACAAGUUAUGUGAUAGUUUGAUAGCGCUGGUUCAAGAACGUUCAGAGAUUGAAAAAAAUUAUGCCAAAGCCUUGAAGGCCUGGUCCAAAUCGUGGAGUGAAAAAAUAGAAAAAGGCCCAGAAUAUGGCACUACUGAAGCUGCGUGGAAGAGCUCAUUGGUUGAAUCUGAUAGACUUUGUGACCUUCAUUUACGUGUCAAAGAGAAUUUGUCAAAUGAUAUUGUUCACCAAGUUAAAACAUGGCAAAAAGACACAUAUCACAAGUCGAUGAUGACUUUGAAAGAACGUAAAGAGAUGGAAGAUGCCUUUAAAAAGGCUCAAAAACCCUGGUCAAAGUUACUGCAAAAAGUUGAAAAGGCUAAACUUGAAUAUCAUAACAGUUGUAAAACUGAAAGGACAGCAGCGAAUCAAGAACGUAAUGCAUCAGCAGACAGUUCAUUAUCACCCGAUCAGCAAGCUGCCCGAGGUUCUGAUAACGUGAAAAAAAUGCAGGAUCGAGUUCAGAAAACUAAAGAAGAAGUACAAAAGGCUAAAGAAAAAUAUGAAGCAGCUUUACUAGAAAUUAAUCAGUAUAACCCUAAAUACAUGGAAGAUAUGACACAAGUUUAUGAAAAAUGUCAGGAAAUGGAAGCGCAACGCCUUCAGUUCUUCAAAGAUGUACUUUUUGGUAUUCAUAAGUGCCUAAAUAUUUCACAAGAUCCAGUUCUUCCUCAAAUUUACGAAGAAUUCUUUCAUUCUAUUAAUAAUGCGGACUAUGAGAAAGAUCUUAAAUGGUGGUCAAAUAAUCAUGGUGUAAACAUGGCAAUGAAUUGGCCGCAAUUCGAGGAUUACACAGAAGAAUUUCGUGAGAUCGCCAAAGGAAACAAGUCGAAAGAAGCUAUACCUGUGGGGUCAAUUACACUCAUCAAUCAAAGACCAGUCGGUGAAGAUUUGCAUGAUUUUCCACCCGUUAAUAAAGCAAGAGCAAGAGCAUCACCGCGAAUGAUUCCAUCAGAUGCGCAUCAUGCAGAUGGAAAGACGGACACAUUUGAAUCACAAUCGCCGUCGGAAAAGGGUCCUGAUGAUAAUACUACCAACAGAACUUCAGUAGUUUCAAAUGGUACGACUGCAAAGCAAGAGUCUAAUCCUUUUGAUGAGGAAGACUGGGAUGAAGAUGUUGGUGAAGCACUUGUUGAUACUGGAGAGCCUGGAGUUCCAGUGCGAGCGCUCUAUGAUUAUGAAGGCGCAGAAGCUGACGAAUUGAGUUUUAAACAAGGGGAAGUCUUUGAAAAAUUGGAAGACGAAGACGAACAAGGAUGGUGUAAGGGAAGAAAAGAUGGAAGAGUUGGACUUUAUCCAGCAAACUAUGUGGACGUGAUAUCUGAAUGAAGUUCUUUAUGAAUAUCAAAAGGAAAUUUGCAUUUAUGAAAAAAAAAAAAAUAAAACUGUGCAGAGUAUUUUCAAGAGAAGAUAAAUAAUAGAAAAAUUAGAAAAUAAAAAUAAUUAAGUUACAACAAAGCAAAAAGAUAGAAUUUCACCUCAUUCUACUGGAAUCCUUGACCUAUUUCUGUUAAUAAAUUAUAAUGUGCUAGAUUUUAACUGUCUACAAGUUGAAAUAAAUAUUUACAUAACAAAAUA